AUUUUUAACGAUUCAUGGUCGCCAGAGUGUCUGGUAUAUAAGUUGGAAGGAAAAUUUUGCGAGAAAAUAUUGUUCGUGUCACUCGACGGCUAAUCAGCUUCACAGCGAGUUCGUUAUGUCGCGCUUUACCGCAUGGAUUGCUUUGCUCAUAUUGAUCGGAUCUGUUUGGUCACAGAAAGAAUUUUCGAAAGAAGAAUUUUCAAAGAAAAAAUGGUCCGAAGAAGAAUUCUCAGAGGAAGAAUUUUCAGAGAAAAAACAUUCAACGGAAGAGUUUAUCGAAGGUUCACCAAGAUUCGGCUUUGAUCUUCUUGAUCCUAUACGAAAGUCCUUUUGCAAUUUUUCCUGCAUGUCGUCAGACAAGAUGCCAUAUUUAAUGAAUCUUGCCUGCGCCGUAAAAUGUCCAGAAUUAUAUCUGCCUCACGGACCAUCAUCAUCAACAAUGAAGUCAUCGGACAAGCCUAGCACGAAACCUUCAUCGACAACUUCUUCAGCACCAUCGACUUCCUUAUCAAAUUCUACAAUGUUAGAAGCACCAAUGAUGCCAGCAGCAAUGAUGCCACUAGCAAUGAAGCCAAUAACAAUGAAACCAAUAAUAAUGAUGCCAAAUGCCGGCAGCAACAGCAAUCAUACCGGCAGCAGCAGUGGUGCCGGCAGCAGCAGUGGUGCCGGCAGCAACAACGGUAAUGCCGACAGCAACAACGAUAAUGCCGACAGCAGCAACAGUAAUGCCGGCAGCAGCAAUGAUAAACAAAAACCAUAAAACUGUUUAUCCAAAUGUUUCUUUUUUAAUCUUUGAAUUUUUUUUAUUAUUUUAAUACUUCACAUUACUACAAAUAAAAUUAUGAAUUAUCUUGUUUUUUCUAGUAGAAUAUUAAAAUGAGAUAUAACCAUGUUACUAACAUAAUGUAGAGCACAAUUCUAUAUCUUUAUAAUAAAUUAUAUUUUUAGCAAGAUUCAGUAGAUAAAGUCACUUGUGAGUUGGAACAUGUUAGGAAGUUGUACGUAAGGUGGCGCUACCGAUGUUGUUAUCCGCAGUAUCACAAUAAAGAUUUCUGUUUUACCCAUUGAUUGUUAAUGCAUUCCCCAGUGCCCGGCACUUUAAAUUUGAUUUAAUGAAUUAAUUAAAAAAAA